AUGGAGGGGACUGUCAUGGCCUUUUGGAACGACAAAUCGUUUGAAUGUGCCAACCAUGAAAUUUAUGCAUGUAGGGCGGCAUUGGAAAUUAUAGAGCAAUUAAAGACAAUGGAGACACUCUGGAAAACUCGUGGUGGUUAUCCAAAACUGCACGUGCAUGUGGGUAUUAAUAGUGGAGAAAUGUUUUGUGGAUGUAUGGGAUCUUUAUCAAGGGUGAGUUACACAGUUAUUGGUGAUAAUGUAAAUGUUGCAAGUCGAUUGCAGCAUGUUGCGGAACAUAUUUCAUGGCACAUCGUAAUUGGCAGUCACACGUAUCACGUUGUAAGACCUCACUUUGUGUGCUUAUUCGUGGAUUUCAUUAAGCUUAAAGGAAAGAAGCGACCCAUACUUGUGUAUGCUCUUAAAUGCUUUUCAAAAGAAGCAUCAGAAUUGGACCGCAAGUUAGAAAAGGAUUUGGAUGCGUCCAAGCAUUAUUUGGCAAAAGGUGAGUAUUAUCAUGUUCGCCAAGUGUGUGAAAAAUUCAUUGAGAUUGAUGAAAAGUGUCCCAUUCCUAGGUAUUUGUUAAAUCGAGUGUCAGUAGCCAAAGCAGAGACUGAAGAAAGAGUUCUUUCCAUAUGGAUUAUUUCGUCAAGAAGUGAUUCCUUGAGUAGCUCUUCCAUUGCGUCACAGCUUGAGGUUAUCAAAUAA